CACAAAAAAUAGAUACCAUGAAUAUUCAGGACAAUGUAAAUCGUAAUAAACAUGCAACAACGCAAGGGGAAGCUGAUUUCAAUUAUUCUGACAAACAGGAUAUUCAAACAGUUUCCGAUGAAGCAGUCUCAGCCAAAGAAAAUGUAAUAGAACAUAGACAAGCUGAUAAAAGAAUGAAAGACAUUGUUAGAGAAAUGGCGGCAGAUGCUGUGGAACCGGCAAAACAAGUGCUAUCUCCCAUACUCGAAGAGACUAAAGUAUCAAACGAGAGUUCUGCUGCCAAACAUCCAAAAAUUACAAACGUUGAAACAGUUCAUUAUAAUUUAAAAAAAGUACAUACGGUAGUGCCCGGUUCUCCUUUGGAAAAUGGCUCAUUCAUAGAUCAAUUUCGCAUAAAUUCUGAACUAGAAAUCAGUAAUUUAUCUGUAUUGUAUGAUCAAGCAAUGACUAAUCGAAGAGGUUUUCCAUUAUCUCCUGGAGGCGGAAGCGUAAAUGAAGAAUCCAUGAUUGGGCUACAAUAUCCUUCGGCACGUCAUUGUGUCUCUCCAGCUGCGUCGGAACAUCAAUCUGAUAACGGUGGAAAUUAUAAAGAUCCGGCGCAAAAGACCGAAAAUAACUUUCCAGCUGCCAAUUCGGGUAUAAUUCAUAUCUUUAGUUUUCAAAUUCAUACUGAUUGUGUCUACUCUUUUCUUACUGUGGUGCAUCCUGUUUCAUUUUAGAAUUCACUUUUACGAUGUUU